AUGGGCGAAAUACCGUCCGGAACGGUUACAAUCAUCACUCCUAACAGGUAUCCGCAUCGCCCUGCAAACCACCCAAACCAGGAACCUGAGGCCUGGAAUCCGCACCAGAAGACAAGCGAUCCCAAUUUAAUGGCUCUCACUCACAAGCUCGGCUCUGCCAUGCUUCUUGGAAUACUGCCCAUUAUUGGCGAGACUACAUAUAAUAAAUGUCUUACGUUAUGCUGA